AUGAACUACAUUCGGGGCGCAGUCAAUGCUAUCAGCGCUCCCUACCAAUACUACAAGGACCUCCCUCCAAUUAACCCUGCGACACUCACCGGCGCUAUCGAUGUCAUUGUCAUUCAACGACCAACCGACUCCGGAGCCACUGAGUUGGUAUGCUCUCCGUUCCACGUUCGUUUCGGAAAGUGGCAAGUCCUUCGUCCUGGCGAAAAGAAGGUCAAAGUCUCCGUGAAUGGGCAUCCAAUUCCCUUUGACAUGAAGGUCGGAGAGGCAGGCGAGGCGUUCUUCGUGUUUGAAACUGAAGACGAUGUGCCUGCGGACCUCAUAACGAGCCCUAUCCUCCAACCAACUCGCCCCGAAGAGACGGCGGAUGUGCCCACAGAUCGUUUUGGCGCCAAGCAAGAUCCGGAAACUCACAACCAGAUCGUCCAAGACGACCCAACCCCAGUUGAAGAACCCGAAUUCCUUGACCUCAAUGCUACAUCGCCUCCGCGUCCUACUGACCGCAAACGACCCUCACAAUUGACGUUCCCAUCAUCGGAACGAGUUUCAGCAACCCCAGGCACACCUUCUGCAACUCCGGCAUCUCUGCUCAAUAUUGAGGAGUCGCAGGACCAACGGGCGGACCAAGUUCUCGCUUCCAUUAAACCGCCCACACCGGAAGUCGACUACAAACAAGACAUUGCGCUCGAUGCCGACGGCUACCACUCAAAUCGCAAACACGAUAGGGAGCGGACCAUUACUGCAGACGACGAUGGAACAUAUCGGUCACCAACUCCGUCGCCCACAACGCGUGCCCCGGAGAAGUCGCAUUCAGCACCACCUCCGAAGCUCGAUGUGGAGUACUCGUGGGAAUGGGGGGCAUUUCCGCAGCCAUCACCGAUGAAGGCAACAUUCGGGCCUGGGGGACGUGUCGAAGCCGCUUCUGGGAGCGGUAAAGAUUCUCCGGCAACCUGGAGUCGGGCCAGUGCUCGCGCAAAAACUUCAAGAAGGGAAGAAAUGGUUGUGGAUGAUGUCCUUCCUGAGGAAGACGACGAAGUUGAACCAUCAGGGCGAAGUCGUAGCGUUCCACCAACGUUGGAAGGAUCACCAUCACGUUCGAGAAGAAGACCACUCGAAUACGAAGAUAACGAAACGGGCUUUGACCAAUCAACUCUGGACGCCGUGAUUGAGGAAAUUGGGACUGGAUUUGGCGCUGGAGGCCGAAUAUCAGCUAACGAGUCCGAUUCUACCCAGUUCACUGUUGCAAUCGAGGGCAAGAAGAUUCCCUUCGAGCUUAGCUUGGUGGAGGAUGAAAUGUCUGAUAAUGAAGACGAGGUACGCGGCAGACGCGCUCGUAAUGGCUCAAGUGGUGGACAAGUUAUCUUCAAUCGCAAAGAUGAGGUUGAUGCCGCGCGCCUAUUCAGAAAAGGGCAACUUGGGCUCGAGCGGCUUAUGGAGGAUUCAUCUGUUGUCACAGAUCCGCGACUUGUAAUACGUUGGGCAGAAGACCAAUAUAUUACCCGGUCUGAUGGCUCGCCACUCAUGGACGCGCUUGUUCUUUGGCGGAAUGUACUGGUUCUGCAAACCGAAGCUGGCAUCCCUAUUCGACCAACAUCUCCUGAUGCCUCAGAAGAUGAUAGCAGUCCUCCUGGUACCCCGACAGACGAUGAAGCCGAAGCCGAAAGGCGACAUCUUCGAGCUAAAUCAGAGCCGCCUGAGCCAGCACCCAAAGAACGACCGACAUCAACGUCUUGGGUACAGUGGUGGAAUCGAAGUAAACGGGAAAGCGCUCCCGCGAAAGACGACCGCCCACCAUUACCUUGGACUGCAUCCGCUCCAACGCCCCGCGAUUCACCCCUGCCUGUACCCAAACGAGUGGUAUCGGAUGUACCCCCAGCGGACUCUGCCCCAGUCCCAUCGACGCCUGUUCAACAACCUGUCAAAACUCCUCCGAAACCACCAGUAGACGAGUCAAGUGGCCGAAAAUUUGCCAAAACCCUUCGUUUGACUUCUGAUCAGCUCAAAUCCCUGAAUUUGAAGCCUGGGGCAAAUUCAAUCACUUUUUCGCUGUCGGCGUCCGGAGUCAUUGCAUGCACGGCUCGAAUCUUUGUAUGGGACUCAACUGAUCACGUCUUGGUCUCUGAUAUCGAUGGCACUAUAACCAAAUCUGACGGUUUAGGUCACGUUUUCGCGAUGAUUGGGCGCGACUGGACUCAUCUCGGAGUUGCCAAAUUGUACACUGACAUCUCGCGAAACGGGUACAAAAUUAUGUAUCUCACCUCUCGAGCCAUUGGACAAGCAGAUGCUACACGUGACUACCUCAAAGGGAUCAAGCAGAACGACUACCAACUCCCCGAAGGACCUGUUAUCAUGAGUCCUGACCGGCUCAUGGCUUCUCUCCAUCGAGAAGUCAUUAUGCGCAAGCCAGAGGUGUUCAAGAUGGCAUGUUUGCGCGACAUCCAAAGACUAUUUGGCGAAGGACGGAACCCGUUUUAUGCUGGGUUCGGCAACCGCAUCACCGAUGCGUUGUCUUACCGCAGUGUUAACGUGCCCAGCUCGCGUAUCUUUACCAUUGACUCGACUGGAGAGGUCAAACUUGAGUUACUUGAACUUGCGGGAUACAAGUCAUCAUACAUCCACAUGACCGAUCUUGUCGAUCAAAUGUUCCCUCCCAUCCACCGGAAAUGGACACCAGAAUACACCGACUUCAAUUUCUGGAAGGCCCCAGUGCAGGAGUUCCCCCUUCCUGACCUUUCGCCACCAUCUCCCGCCUUGAGCGCUCGCUCAGACACGUCAAACCAAAGUGCUCUUUCAAGAUUGCGCAACUUCAGUCUCGUCGGAAGCAGGCAAUCGUCCACUAUGCGUCAAGCUGCUCUCAACAAGGUUAAUGGCGUGGCCCAUUCGCGUGAGACCUCGCCCAUUCCCUAUCGUGGCGAGGAGCUUCGGCAAAUGUCCUCUUUUGAGCGGUUGAGCAACACGCUGUCCAGUUCAUUCGGCGCUAGCUCCUCUCGACAUGCUUCACCAUCACCAGACCGAAGCAGACGCAGUGCCAGCCCCGAAUCGUCUUCUUCAUACACCUUUGCUGAGUCAGAUGACGAGGAAGAGCUUGAUCCAAUUGGCAAUCGGCGCAAGCGGGACCGGAGACGAAGUAUGACGAGCAUGCCUGGCUCGCUUGACGACGAGCUGCAGUUCGACAUGGACGAUGACGAGCCCGGAGAGUAUGCAGAGAAUGGACAUUACGAAUCAGGGCAAGACGAGGAAGACGCGCUUGACGAGGAUCUGUUGGCUGCGGGAGAAAUGAAGAAUGUGCCGUUUUUGUGA